UUUUUGUUCUGGAUAUUCUUCUUCUGUCCAGUGGCUUCUGCUACAUCCUAUGCUUCGAGAAGGACCCUAAAACUUGUGAGCCAGCCUCUUCUGAGCAGAGUUUUCUUCUUUGCUAGUCGCUACAAUAGUCAUCUUAGUGCUGUGGCCACAGUUGGAACAGAACCAUUGGAAACUACUUCGUCAUCAUCGUUCAUUUUCUCAGCUGAUAGUGGUGGUGCAGAAGAAAGGGACAAGAAAAAAGAUGAUAGCAUUUUUAUCAAAGCACCGAGAUCGAAGCUCCAACAAGAAUCAUCCUCAUCAUCAGUGACAAUGCCCAUGUCAUUCAUGACAGGUUCUAUUGUUGGCAUGAGAUUCUACAAGCAGGUCACCACAAGGCAAGCUGAUGAUGGCAAUGGUUGGACUGUCAUGCUAGAUUAUAGAACCCUCAAGACACCAGCUACGAGAGCCCACAAGCUGCCUAUGCUAGCCCUUGCCAAGGCCAUUGCAACCGAAUGGGAAUAUCAGCAAACAGAUGGAAUCAGACCCUUUACAAUGCCUCUUAUGAAACUUGCUUGCACUACAUUGGAGAGAGUUCCACUCACACGGACAAAAAUUAUCGAACACUUAGUGAGGAAGUUUCAUCAGGAUUUGGUUUUCUGCCGUUCUCCAGGCGACAGUGAUCUGACAAGCGGAGUCCUUGAGCGACAAGUGGAGAAAAUCAAUACUUUGCUAAAUUGGGUAGAGUCUGAGUUUGGCUUUAAGCCUGUUGUCUACUCUAGCUUUUUUGGGGGGAAGCAAGUGGAUGGUCUUGUUAAUGCCGUUGAACAUCUUCUAAAGAGCACAGAUGACUGUGAAUUGGCUGCUGUUGAUGCAAUGGCUGCAGCCGCACAUUCCCUAAUAAUUUCUAUUGGGAUUUUCCGGGGGAAGUUGCAGAUUGAGGAGGCCAUUGAGUUAAUUAGACUUGAAGAAGAUUUACAGGUUGAUCGAUGGGGGCUGGUGGAUGGUGGACACGAUGUUGAUAUUGCUGAUCUAAAGGUGCAAAUCUCAUCUGCUGCUUUUUUCCUUGGACUUUCAAGGAUAGUCUAAAGUUCUCUCUCUCUCUCUCUCUCUCUGGUAUUUUGGUUUGGAAGAUUUGGAUGACACGGCAAUGGAUAUUUUGUUGUAGGUCAUCAAUAAUUUAAACCCCCCACCCCCCCACCCCAAACUAAGAAAAGUAGAAAUCAAGAAUCAAAUAACGCACUCUGCAAGCAUGGUAACUCAUUGUUCUCCUAAUUGAGAUAGGAAAGUUGACUUUGCUUCUUCCACCUGAUUCGAUUU